AUGGCUGCUAGAUACAUUGUUCCGGCGUUGGCCGUCAUUGCAGGCGCUGCAGCCCAGUGCGGCAAAAGCGGCGAGACCACCACCAUCCAGAACUCCGGCGACGCGUCGGCGCUCUCCAGCUGCUCUACCUUCAAGGGCUCCAUCGAGAUUGCGAGCACCACCACUGGCUCCAUCGCCCUCGAUGGCAUCAGCAUCAUCGAAGGCGACCUGGUCGCCAAUGCCACCGGUGUGACUUCCAUCUCCGGCUCUGACCUCGAGGAGAUUGGCGGUAUCUUCCAGCUCUCUCAGAUGACCACCAUGUCAGACUUGUCUUUCCCUCGCCUGGUCAAGGCCCAAUCUAUCGACUGGGUGACACUCCCCGCUCUUCGGGCCCUGUCUUUCACGACUGGUCUUCAGGAGGUGGAGACUCUUCUGAUCUCCGACACCCAGCUCACCUCGCUUGAUGGAAUUGAUCUCCAGAUCGCCAACAGCAUCAUGAUCAACAACAACCGCAACUUGAUGAGCAUCAACAUGCAGCUUGGCAACAUCACCGAGGGCAUUGAUCUCAACUCCAACAACAAGGAUCUUGCUAUUGAGUUCCCCAACUUGAUCUGGGCCAACAACAUGACCAUUGCCAACUGCUCCGAGUUCUCUGCUCCCUCCCUCGAGGCUGUCAACGGCUCCAUCGGCUUCUACUCCAGCACUUUCCAGAACCUCACUGCCGCCAACCUGACCUCCGUCGGUGACGACUUGACUUUCGUUGGCAACAACCAGCUCACAAACAUCUCUUUCCCCAUGCUCACCAUGGUCGGUGGUGGAUUCAACGUUGCCAACAACUCCGCUCUGGAGACUGUCGAUGGAUUCCCUAUGCUGGAGAGCGUCGGAGGUGCCGUCARCUUUGACGGUGCAUUCACCGAGAUCGAGCUUCCAGCUAUCGCCGAUGUGCGCGGUGCAUUCGAUGUUCUUUCCAGCAAGAACCUCACCUCAACUUGCGAGACAUUCGACAACCUUGGAGACAUCGUCCAGGGUUCCGAGAACUGCCAGGGCGAGGCACAGUCCUCAACCUCUGGCGAGGACGGCACAGACGCCUCUGGUGGCUCCAAGAACGGUGGUGACAAGAAGGGCGCUGCGGCAUCUCUGCUCAUUCCCGGAUCCACCAUCGUCCUUGGACUUGUCGCUGCUGGAUUCGGUCUGCUCUGA